AGCGGAAGAACAGAGGGGAAGCUGUUCUGGCUGGUAUUUGCUGUGCGCAGUGCCUCCGACGAGGCUGGAUGUGACCACUGCAGAGCGAAAACGAAAGUCAGGGAAAGAACUGCAGAAAGGAGUUGAGCGGCUUUGUGGACUCUUAAUUAAAAUCCAAGACAGAAGAAAACAUCCGCGGAAGCUACCUUAGAAAAAAGGAAACAGGAUUCAUGCGUCUGAUGUGAGCUCUGUGGAGGUUUAAUGCUCUCCUGCCAUGGCAGCCUUGGCAGGUGUGGAGACGGGAAGUGGUUCAGGUAGGCUGUCCAGGCCAGUGUAUCUGCUCACCUUGGUGGCCGUCACUCUAUCCUCCCUUUCAGUUUUGGCUUUGUACCAGUUAGUGGCUCUUAGAGCUGAAGUAAAGGAACUUAAAUCAGACAUCAGUCGCAGGAGAGGGGAGGGACAAGAGGUCAGAGGUCAUACUGAGCACAUCAGCAGCAGAAGAAGCUACCAAGAGCCUCAGCAACAAUCUGGGUUUCAAAAAUCCUUUGGCCUGAUGAGGAUCAGGAGGACAGUGACUGACACAACAGUUUCUCAGUCCUGCCUGCAGCUUUUAGCAGACAGUAGCAGAAAAACCUUCAGGAAAGCACUUUCCUCAGGCUCGUACACAGGAAUUCCUUGGCAGGUUGGGCUGAAAAGAGGAGAGGCUCUUGAUGUGGAGGGAGACCGCAUCGUUGUCAGAGAAGAAGGCUUCUACUUUGUGUACAGUCAGGUCUAUUACAUGGACAGCACCUUCACUAUGGGCCAUGUGGUGAUCCGGUGGAAAAUUAACGUUGUUGGAAAUGAGGAUCCAGACGUGCAUUUGUUUCGCUGCAUCCAGACCAUGGACUCUGUCUACCCCUUCAACACCUGCUACACAGGAGGUAUUGUAAAGCUGGAAGUGGGAGACUACCUGGAACUCCUGAUUCCUCGGCCCACAGCCAGCGUGUCUUUGGAAGGAGAUUCCACCUUUCUCGGGGCUUUGAAGCUAGUCUAAAGCUCUACCUGAAAUUGAGCUUUAGACAAAUGCAAAGCAGCACCUGGAAGAGACUAUGCACAAAUUCUGCUGGUCUGGCUUGAUCUUUCAGACAGAAGAUGUAGAGAGGGAUUCUACGACACUGAUAUGACGGGAACAACCAAUUGCUCAUUUUUUUCACCUCAAGUUAGCCGAAAUCAUUUCUCUGUAGAUAAACACAAUUGCAAAAUUGAACAUAUAACUGUUAUUUUUGCCUUAGCAUUCAUAAAUUAAAUAAAUCAGAUAUCACAAUGUAAUAGUUUUUUUCCUUAUAUUUUCUUAUUCUGUCAAAUUAAAUUCAGCUUUUUAAACUUCUUGUUUUCACAUGUAUGCCAUUAUAACAUUCUCAUGCAAUAAAGAGACAAACCCUGUAACC